AAUCUGGGGAUAAGCAGUCAGCACUUUUGGUGUAAAAUCUCUGUUACCGAGGGGUGCGUAAAGACAGACGCGUUUGAAAAUGAACGCUCUGUUGUUCCAGUUUAUACAACCAAACAGGACGCCAAGCGACAAGACACUCUUAGGUGACAUGGAAGAGGAAGAUCCAGAUGCGGAGGUGCGAAAGAAAUUGUUGGAAAACCUCAAAAAAGAGGUCAAACAACUUAUGGAAGAAGCUGUCACAAGGAAGUUUAUUCAUGCAGACAGCUCUAGUAUAACCUCCCUUUGUGGUGCUGUAGAGGCAGGCAUUGCACAUGGCUUGAAGAAAAGAGCCGCUGGUCUUCUUCCUGCCCAGGACACCCAGGCUGUUUUGGAAAAGCUUGCUCGUUUAUCAGAACCUGCUGCUGAACUUGUCAAGAAACUCUCUGGGGAAGAGGAGAAAAGCAAGGAUGGAACUAAGAACACAUCAGCAGGUUCUGCAGAAAGCCCAUUACUCAAGUUGAAAUUAAACUUCUCUGCGUUGAAUGGAAGCAACAAGAAGAUAAAUGGAUAUAACAUCAGUGGCCAUUGUGGCAAAUUUUUGUGGAUUAGAAUAGCUCUUUUAGAAAAGUUGCUGGGAAAAAUUGUGGAGGAUCUUCAAAAUAAUGCAAGUCAAUUUUAUGAGCCUGAAGCCCUACUUAGUGAUCCAGCUGAUGGAAGAAUAUUUAUUGAACUUUUAGAUGGUCCAAGUGCUUUAGACUUUUCAAAGAUGAAAACACCAGACAGUUAUUGGACUGAUCCAACAGCAGAUGAGCUUGUUCAAAGGCACAGAAUACACAGUGGGUUAUGUCAGCAGUCACCUACAACACCAACAUCCCAGCGACCACAGCUGGGUGUAACAAAGGCCUCUUAUGAUGAAAACUUAGCAGUGGCCCCAUUAUUAGCAAGAGAACACAUAGAGUCUCUUCACCAGAACUCACAUGCUGCCCUCCUGUAUGGGAAAAACAAUGUCUACCUUGAACCACAUGAAGAACACCCAAUUGCUGGAUACCUGUCACUACAUAAAAGCAAUGAGAGUUUGCUGCUGAAAUGGACACCUAAUAAGUUGAUGAGUGGUUCCUGUGAGCGAGAGAAGAGUCAGUUUUGGGAUUAUGCACUGACCGUGAACUUGAAUGAUGUGGUGUAUAUUCACUGUCACCAGCAUGGUGGCUAUGGAGUGGUUAUUCUCAUAGGACAAGAUGGAGUCCAGCGUCCACCAAUCCGUUUUCCUACAACUGGGUCUCUGUUGUCAUUCUUAAACUGUCUUGAGAAUGGUCUCCACCCUCAUGGUGAACUUGACCCUCCAUUGUUUAACCCACGCUCCAAGGGCCUUGCCCUUCCCAGCCUGAAGAAACCACUUUCAGGAUCUAACUUGCCACUGAUGUCUUUCUCCAAAGGAGAAAAUACAAAUCAAGAUUAUGUCUUUAGACUUGUUUCUGGAACAAAACCUGAUGUUGUUGGGAAUGUCUCAGCACUGCAUGCGAAACUAUGAGACGACAAAUCACUUUACGAGCUUUCAAUGGAUGGUUUUCGUACGUGCGCCACCUCAAAACAGUUAGAACGCAUUUGUUAUGGCUAGUUAAUCACAGCAACACCAAUUCCGAAGAGAACGGAGUCGAUUACGCCCAGGGACUUACUGAACAAACAUGGAGAAGCAUGUGCAGUAAUGGAAAGGUUAAUGACGAGGAUAAAGUUAAGAAGUAUGUCUACUUCGGCGGAGUAGAACACUCCAUCAGAAAAGAGGUGUGGCCUUAUUUACUGGGACACUACAAAUUUGGAAGCACACCUAAAGAUCGUCAGGCAACUGACAAGGCUGCUAACGAAGAAUUUCGUUCCAUCAUGGAGGAAUGGAAAGAAGUAGAGAGUGUGAUUCGACAGCACGAGAAAGAACAAGAAAUGGAUGGUAUCUCUAUGGACAGCACAGGCAGUAGAGAUGAAGUCUUUGAACAGUUGGAAAUGAUCAGUAGCGGCUUAGAAAAAUCAGAGAAUUUUAAUCGUCAGAGGGUCAGUAUCGAGGAACCCGAGAUUGAAGGACUUGAUGAGGCUGCAAAAGCCAGGUUAAUGAAUGGACAGCUUAUUAUUCCAGCGAAAAAUGGCGAUGAUGCCGAAAGUGGGUGUUGUAGCGACUGUGGGGAAGACAAUGGCAAGUUCAUGUCAAUGUCAAGAACAUGCCAGCGGUGUAGCAAGAGAUUUCAUUCUGCUGUGGAAAUGAACAGUCACGGGACAGGUCACGUUCCAAAUGGCCAUGAUUCCACGUACAGUGACACCAACGCGCGGGAGGAGUCACAGCAGACCAGUCACGACACGGACACGGAGGUCCCAGUCCUUUGUAAACAAUGUAGCCAGGGAAGCAUUGGGUCUAGAGCAUCGUGUCCAUACUCGACUGAUCUCCUUGAUGACUUUGGUUUAAAUCUUCAUCGAAUCGAGAAAGAUGUUCUGAGAUGUGAUAGAAAUUAUCCUUACUUUACUCACGAAAACCUUGAUAAACUAAGAAACGUCAUUAGCAGUUACGUGUGGAAGACCUUGGAUGUUGGUUACGUUCAAGGGAUGUGUGAUCUCGUGGCCCCUUUGCUUGUCGUCUUUGACAAUGAGGCGAUAACCUACAGCUGUUUCGUGGAUCUCAUGCAGAGAAUGAACAGUAACUUCCCACACGGUGGAGCUAUGGACACGCAUUUUGCAAACAUGAGAUCUUUGAUCCAAAUUCUCGACCCUGAAAUGUUCGAACAUCUUCAGCAAAAUGGCGACCUCACGCAUUUCUACUUCUGCUACAGAUGGUUCCUUCUUGACUUCAAACGAGAACUUCUCUAUGAAGACGUGUUUGUAGUGUGGGAAAUCAUCUGGGCAGCUAGGCACCUUGCCUCAGAACACUUUGUUCUUUUUAUCGCCCUCGCACUGCUUCAAUUUUACAGGGAUAUCAUUUUGGACAACAAAAUGGACUUCACAGACAUCAUUAAGUUCUUCAAUGUAUUUAAAGCAAGUAAACGGCAACGUAUUGCAUAUGAUCUUUCAUUGUUGAUGACUUUCGGUGACAAUUGUUAACUAAUUUGUCUAGUUCUGUUUACAAGCUACACCUAGAGUGCCAUGUGGAAAACAGAUUAGCAUUUCUUAAUUUUAUUGUAAUGUUUUUAAAAUGUUGUUAUCGAGAGCCACAAAAGUCCAAAUAUGCUUGAUGUUAGUCAUUAAUUUGCCGUCGAAUUCAGUAAUCAUACUAUAUAAAUUGAAUAUAUUUUGGUACCCGCUCGUCGAGUUGUAGGCACCCGUUAAUGAGGUGCAGGGACAUGGUACAGGUUCGUGUUCCCUAAAAUUGCUUCAAUUAGUUUUUUGUGUUGAUACCAAAACAUUUGGUUUAUCAAAAAUUGGAAAGUUGAGGUCUGUAAACCGAAGAAUGUCUGGUUGAUAAUUUACUUAGCCCAUGCUAAACUCAUAAUUAUUGAUUCAUUAUAAAUUUAAGUAUUUAUUAGCUCACAGCUACUAUACGUUGGGACGAAUCAGAGCUGCUAGUAAAGUAUUUAUAACAAACAAAGUAAAACAGUAGACAAAAAUACCAAAUCAAUCGGUUCCUUUCAUUUGAUUUUUUUACGGUAUCAUAAGCCUGCGUGACCUCGCGAUUAACUUUUUUGUGAGGUUUCCGCGCUAUAAAAGUGGUUCUGACGCAUGCUAUCCUUUACAGAAGUGGCAUUUAUUUUUGUAGCUUUUUGAAUUUCUAUGUUAGGUAUAUUGUUUCCUUAUCGAACAGGCAGCUCUACUAUUAUACUCUGAUAUAUUUACUUAUUACUGAGUAAUAAGUCAGUUUGGGGAAAUUUUCAAUUGACUGUCAACAGCCAUCUGCGCCGUAAUUGGUCGAGAAUAUAUUUGCCAUCCUCUGAACCAAUCAGACGAAAAGUAUAAGUCAAUCAUGUCUUGUCAACAGUGUUUUCCCGCCCUUUUGGUAGUUUACCUGUUAUUACUUUGAGUUUUAGUUGGCUAAUGAUGGUGUUUAUCUUUGUUAUGAUUGGCCGUUGUGAUUGCUUCGGUUUUGGUUUGUCGUAAGUCAAUUGAAAACUGCUCUGGUCAAGUGACUUCGUUUUCAGGGUGCUGUGGAACAGAAAGAGGGCGAAGUGUAUUGUACAAACAAAUAUGUGACAAUACAAGUAAAAUGAAAAUAUAAAUGA